AUGGAAGAAAAUCCAAGUGUGGAUCUGCCUGAUGUAGGGACAGUCCAAGAUGAGGUGCAGAGCACAGCAGAGCAUCCUGUGCACCAAGAGCCCACCCAAGGAACACUUGAGCACAACGUGGCAAGCAGGUGGCCUGAGACCUCCUGCAAACCAGAGGAGGACUCUUCAGUUUGUAAAUCACUGACUGCUGAUGGAGGAGAGACAACACUGUCCGAUUUAGCUGGCCCCACAGUAGAGGAGGAGGUUCACCGGGAAACUGAAAUACCACUGGAACAACCUGGGAAGACAGGAGAUGGUGUCUCAGAAAGAUACCAGGAAAAAGAUGACUUGGAUGAAGCCUGGUUGGCCCUUGAUAAAAUGGACAGCAAAGAAGACAGCCCUGUCCAGCAGGAAACACAGGAGGACCAGGAGACAAGCAGGCAAUGUGAAAGUUCCUACACAGCAGAGGAAGAUGCUUCAUCAAAAAGCAAGUCACUAAGCUCUGACAGUAUAGUGACACAUUUGGUUGUGACUGCCACAGAAGAUGUCACAAAGGACCUCUUGUCAGAGAAGAGCACCAGUGCCCCUCUCCUAGAUCAGGAGCCAGAAGAGAACAUGGAGCAAGAAACACAGGAAAACGGAUCCCAAGGCAUGUUAAGGAACAGACGUGGGAUGAAAGGGCACACAUCCCCAAAGCCAGAAGCUCAGUCUUGCUUGCAGAAUGUCACCACCCAAAACACGGACCAGGAGAAGGCCAAAAAGUCUCUCUUCCUGAAAGGGCUUAUCACCGUGAGCCUCGUAUUGCUUGGUCUCUGCAUACUCUGCUUUGGCAACCCAACCUCCAGUUCCCAGCAAGCCCCCAAGAACCCCACGGUGGAGGCAAAGGUCAACCAGUUGCAGGACAGGUUUCCAGGGCAGAGUUCCCACCUCUGGCUUCGCGGACGCAAGUUCCUGCAGAAGCACCUCAAUGCAUCUCACCACACGCAGCCAGCCAUCAUUAUCUUCACGGCCGCCCGCAAGGGCGAGCAGACCUUGCGAUGCCUUAGCACCCAUGUGGCUGACACCUACUCGGCUGCCCUGCAUGGCAGCACGGUCCAGAUUGAUGGCAUGUGUAAAUCCAGGCUCCAGAGUGACCAGGCCAAGCUGGAGGUGGACAGGGAGCUGAGCUCAGCUUUCCAGGCUAGAAGCCGUGCUGCAGUGAUCCACCGCUUUGAGUUGCUUCCGGCAGGGGCCACUCUCAUCUUCUACAAGUACUGUGACCAUGAAAGUGCUGCUUUCAAGGAUGUGGCCCUGCUGCUGACUGUGCUGCUGGAGGAGGAGACGCUGGAGACCCACAUCAGCCUCCAGCAAGUGGAAGAGAGCGUCCGUGACUUCCUCUGGGCCAAGUUCAUUGACACCAGGACCCCCAGCUCCCAUGACCACAUGGACUCUGACAAGCUCAGUGGGCUGUGGAGUCGCAUCUCCCACCUCGUCCUACCGAUCUACCCAGUGCAGACCAUCGAGAAGGGCGGCUGCCAUGUCCACACCAAACCCUAG